CUACUCAGAAGAAGAACCUAGGCAAGUGCCCAAAACGCAUGUUAAUUCUCUGUUACAUAUACUCUGCUAACAAUAUAGUCUUGUGGCUGCGGGUUACUGACUAAACUAUGUGGAACUGUGGACAUUAAAUGCAAAAGAAAUAAAGAUACAUCAUUUAAGCAAGGAAGAUGGAGGCGUUGGCAUUGUAUGAGUUCACAGCAUCUGGGGAAGAUGAGCUCAGUUUUAAAAAGGAUGACAUACUAAAGAUUCUUGGUACAGACGAUGGCUGGUUUAAGGCAGAACUUAGAGGCAAUGAAGGAUAUGUUCCUAAAAAUUAUGUGGAAAUGCAUGUUCCAAGGUGGUUUUGUGAAAACGUUUCACGUACUGAAGCUGAGAAUAUACUCAUGAGCAAAUCUGUGGGGUUUUUCGUCAUCCGAGCCAGCCAGACUUCCAAAGGAGAAUUUUCUAUUUCAGUGAGGCAUGAGGAAGAUGUGCAGCAUUUCAAAGUCAUGAGAGGCAAGUUGGGGAAUUACAGCUUAUGGGCUGAAAAAUUCAAUUCUAUCAACGAACUUGUUGAAUAUUACAAAACCACAUCUAUUUCCAGACAAAAAUCAAUCUUCCUUCAAGAGGAAGGGUCAUCACAAUCAGAGGUUUCGCCCCAAGCAAAACGUACUCAGCUGGUGAAAGCUCUCCAUGACUUCAAGGCCAUGGAGCCAGAUGAACUUAGCUUCUAUACCAAUGAUGUCAUUGAAGUGCUGGACAACUGUAAUGCUUACUGGUGGAUGGGAAAGUUAGGAGAAAAUGUUGGGCUUUUCCCAUCAAAUUAUGUAGAUAGCAUCAACCGAUGAAAGCAAGUGUACAUCUACGUACUAAGAUAUCCCUUCCAGCAUGGACUCUUUAUUUCCUGAGAGUUUUUCUCAUGUUGAUAGAACAUAGAGUAUGCAAGGAAAAUAUAAAUUUCUUACAAAAUGAUACUAUUCAACAGCUGAUGGUUUCCAGACAAGAGUACCAGUUAUUGGGUGUUAUUUAUUGGGGUGGGAGGGGCCUGUCAUUAUCAUCCUAUACUCCUUGUUAUGUUGUAGUAUUUUACUGACCUGAUGUAAUUAAAAAAAUAAAAUAGAUCAAUACUGAUUAUUAUGUUUUUAA